GUUCGACCACACCAUGCUCACUGCGGCACGAGCGGUGUGUGUGAGCAUGCGGAGGGCUGUGGCGCCUCUUCUCCCUGCGGUGGUCCCCAUGGCCGUCCCGCUCCGCGGCCUGGUCACCACCCCUCCCGUCGCCGCCCGCAAGCGCAAGGCCGCCGGCCGCCCCGGAUCGCUGGAAGAAGCCAUCAAGAUGGUUGAGCUGUCGUGCGGAAAGGGCUCGCUGACCAAACUUGGCGCGGCGGCGGCUGAGACGGCGCCGAUCGACGUCAUCCCGACCGGCUCGCUGACGCUUGAUGCAGCGCUGGGCGUCGGCGGUCUGCCGCGUGGCCGAGUUGUGGAGAUCUACGGGCCGGAGAGUUCAGGUAAGACGACACUGGCACUGUCUGUGGUGGCCGAGGCGCAGAAGAUGGGCGGGACUUGCACGUUUGUGGACGCGGAGCACGCGCUCGACGUGGCGUACGCCAGCGCGCUGGGCGUCGAUACUGCCGAGCUGUACGUCUCACAGCCCGACUCGGGCGAGCAGGCGUUGGAGAUUGUGGAUACGCUGGCCAAGUCGGGCGCUAUGGACGUUAUUGUCGUCGACUCGGUCGCUGCCCUUGUCCCGCGAGCCGAGCUCGAGGGCGAAAUGGGCGACGCGCACGUCGGCCUGCAAGCCCGGCUCAUGUCGCAGGCGCUGCGCAAGCUGACCGCAACUCUGGCCAACUCGUCGACGCUGCUGAUCUUCAUCAACCAGCUGCGGAUGAAGAUUGGCGUUCUUUUUGGCUCGCCCGAGGUCACCGCCGGCGGCGUCGGCCUCAAGUUCUACGCCAGUGUCCGGCUCGACAUCCGCCGGACCGGCUCCAUCAAGGUCGGCAACGACCUUGUCGGCAACACCACCCGGGUCAAGGUUGUCAAGAACAAAGUCGCUCCGCCGUUCAAGGAGGCCCACUUUGACAUCGAGUUUGGGCGUGGCAUUGGCCGUGUCGGCGAAAUCAUCGACCUCUCGGUCAACCACGGCCUCGUCGAGCGCGCCGGCGCCUGGUACACCUACCCGCGGCCAGGCGAUGACGAACCGGUCCGUCUCGGCCAAGGCCGUGAAAACGUCAAGGCCUACCUCGAGGAUCACCCCGAGCUUGUCGAUGAGCUCCACACUGCGCUCCGCGCUGUCAUGAUCCACCCGGCCGCCGCGCCUACCCCCGCCACCGACACGCCGACCGCCGUCGGCAGCGAAGCAGACGCCUAA